UCCUCCCGUUCCGGGCCCGGUUUCCUGUGCCCCCUCCCUCCCUGUCUCUCCCAGGAGCUGGCUGUGUGAUCGGCACAUGGCUGCCCCCCCAGCCCCCCGCUGAGUCCCCCCGCUGCCAGGAUGGGAGUGCAGGGCUUCCAGGAGUACAUCGAGCGGCGCUGCCCGGGCGCGGUGGUGCCGGUGGAGCUGCAGAAACUGGCCCGGGGCAGCCUGGUGGGGGGCGGCCGGCAGAGACCCCCCCAGACCCCCCUCCGCCUGCUGGUCGAUGCCGACAACUGCCUGCACCGGCUGUACGGGGGCUUCUACACCGACUGGGUGAGCGGGGGCCAAUGGGGCCACAUGCUGGGCUACCUGUCCGCCCUGGCCAAGGCCUGCUUCACCGGCAACAUCCAGCUCCUGGUCUUCUUCAACGGGGCCCUGGACAAACCCCGGCUGCACGAGUGGGUGAAACGGCAAUCCACGGAGCGACAGACCGCCCAGCACAUCAUCAGCCACGUCCACAGCAAGGGCACCCCGCCCCCCAAAGUCUGGUUCCUGCCCCCCGUGUGCAUGGCACACUGCAUCCGCCUGGCACUGCUCAGGUUCCACAUCAAGGUUGCACAGAGCAUUGAAGAUCAUCACCAGGAAGUCAUUAGUUUCUGUCGUGAGAAUGGAUUUCACGGCCUUGUCGCGUAUGACUCUGACUACGCCCUGUGCAACAUCCCCUACUACUUCAGUGCCCAUGCACUAAAGCUGAGCCGCAACGGGAAAAGCCUCACAACCAGCCAGUAUCUGAUGCACGAAGUGGCCAAGCAACUGGACCUCAACCCAAAUAGAUUCCCUAUUUUUGCUGCUCUUCUGGGAAACCACAUUCUACUUGAUGAAGAUUUGGCUGCCUUUCACUGGAGUCUACUUGGCCCAGAUCAUCCAUUGGCAUCCCUGAAGGUUCGUGCCCACCAACUCGUUUUGCCACCUUGCGAUGUAGUCAUUAAAGCAGUUGCGGAUUAUGUCCGCAACAUUCAGGAUACUAACGAUUUGGAUGCCAUUGCAAAUGAUGUUUUUCAGCACUCUCAGUCUAGAACGGAUGACAAAGUUUCCCGUUUCAAGCGAGCUAUUGCAUAUUACAGAGCGACCAACAAACCCCUGCCGUAUCCUGGGGCUCCACAUGUAGGCAGACCAGGUCCCGGUGGAGUCCCUGGUGUAUUGUCACCAUACAAUCUGAACAUUCAGCCAGCCUCCGUACAAUCAAAACCUAUGGCCCCACACAUGAUUGGCCAUACCGGUGCUUCAGGGAAGGGUCCAUAUCCGUUCAGCCUUUCUGAAUCUGCUGGUGGAAAGAGCGAACAGAAUAACUACACUAACAUUCCUCAUGAAGGGAAGCACACUCCCCUGUAUGAGCGAUCGUCUCCAAUAAACCCAGCACAAAGCGUGAGUCCAAACCACGUGGACCCUGCUGGUUUUCCUGCAUCUUCACCUUCAUCUUGCUCCGACAAUGAUGAAGGCAAUGGAACAGCCACCAACCAUGUUGCUGGGAACAAGCCAGGCUGGGAUAAGAAAGGAAAACAGCUGGGAAAACUAAACAAGCGAGACUCUGCAGACCAACCUAAGAUGGAAGUUUCUUCUCCAGCCUCAUCUGGUAAAUCCACUGAUAAAAAAGGCAAUCAAGCUGGCAGCCUACAGAUCCCAUGCCUGCUAUCAAUGCCAACUAGGAACCACAUGGAUAUUACCACACCACCUCUGCCACCGGUUGCACCAGAAGUAUUGAGAGUUGCUGAACAUAGACACAAAAAGGGCUUAAUGUACCCGUACAUCUACCACAUUCUUACAAAGGGAGAAAUUAAAAUUCCAGUUACCAUUGAAGAUGAAGUUAACAAGGACCUUCCCCCAGCAGUCAUUCUCUAUAGACCCAUAAGGCAGUAUGUUUAUGGCGUCCUAUUUAGCCUGGCAGAGAGCAGGAAGAAGACAGAGCGCCUUGCAUUUCGUAAAAACAGAAUGCCACCCGAGCAUCAUCCAGUGAUUAUUAAAGAGUGGGCAGCCUACAAGGGUAAGUCCCCACAAACUCCAGAGCUAGUGGAAGCUCUGGCCUUCAGAGAGUGGACAUGCCCAAAUUUAAAGAAAUUAUGGUUGGGUAAAGCUGUUGAAGAUAAAAACAGAAGAAUGAGGGCUUUCUUGGCAUGUAUGAGAUCUGAUACCCCAGCCAUGCUUAACCCAGCCCAUGUACCCACUCACCUCAUGGUCCUGUGCUGUGUGUUGCGGUAUAUGGUGCAGUGGCCAGGAAUCCGAAUACUACGGCGACAGGAACUAGAUGCCUUUCUGGCACAGGCACUUUCACCCAAAUUAUAUGAGCCAGAUCAGCUGCAGGAACUUAAGAUUGAUAACCUGGACUCACGUGGCAUUCAGUUGUCUGCUCUGUUCAUGACUGGGGUGGAUAUGGCUCUGCUAGCAAAUGAUGCAUGUGGUCAACCAAUCCCUUGGGAACACUGCUGUCCUUGGAUGUAUUUUGAUGGAAAAUUAUUCCAGACCAAACUCAUUAAAGCCACCAGGGAGAAAGCUUCUCUCAUUGACCUCUGUGAUGGUCAGGCCGAUCAGGCUGCAAAGGUGGAAAAGAUGCGCCAGAGCAUUUUGGAAGGCUUGCACUUUUCACGGCCGAGUCAUCCACUUCAAUUCCCACCUCCGCCUGCUAUGCCUUUCUAUCCCGCUGCUAUGUACCCUCGACCAUUUGGGCCUAUUCCACCACCUCAAGGGCGUGGGCGAGCAUUCUCUGGAGUUCAGCCUAUUCCUUCUCAUGGAGGAAAGCUUGAGAUUGCGGGCACUGUGGUCGGCCAGUGGGCUGGGACAAGACGUGGACGUGGCAGGGGAUCAUUCCCCCUGCAGGUUGUUUCUGUUGGCGGUGCAAACAGAGGCCGUCCCAGAGGAGUGAUCUCCACACCAGUGAUAAGAACUUUCGGAAGGGGAGGCCGAUAUUAUGGAAGAGGAUACAAAAACCAAGGGGUAUCUCAGGCCAAGCCUCCAUACGCCACUUCAGCAGCAGAAGUGGCUAAACAGCUUAAGACACAGUCAGAAGACUCCAAAUCAUCGGCUAUGUCUUCAGAUGGAUCUCUGGCAGAAAAUGGUUUGGUGAAUGAAGAAACGCCAGCUUCCGAAAUAAACGGAGGCUCCGAACAAGUGAGGGCUUCCAAUCACUCUGAAAGUGCCUUAAGUAAUGACUCUAAGACGUGCAAUAGCGAUCCUCACUUAAAUGCACUAAAUGCAGACAGCAUUUGCCCCAAGGAUGAGACCCUUGAGGCUGCUGUCUUAAAACAAGAAGAGUAAACUUAUUUUUCUAGAGGGUGAAGAAUGUUGGAAGGUUCUGGAUUAGGAAUAUCUAGAAAGAAGGAGAGCCUGCAGUUAUGUACAUUUUUUUCCUUUCCGUAAGUGAAAAAUGAUGACUUCGGAAAUUCGGAUCCCUCUCUUGAUAUCAGACAACAGCAUAAAAAACGAAAAAAAAAACGUAAAAAAAAAAAGGAAAUCUUAUUUUUUAACCAGUUGUAGUCAAAAUGCAACAAAAUACAAAAGUUGGUUUAACUAUGAAGAGCAUUUGACUCCCUUACUUUAAGAGAAACAUGCACAAAAGCUGUAACUGGUUAUAACAAAAACAACAAAAAACAAAAACGCUUGUAGUUCUGUUUCUUGAGAUAUAAAGAAAAAAACAAAACACACUUUUGGCAGUUUUUCAGUAUAUAUAGCUUAAAAUAUGAUUUAGAGUAUUUGGCACCUUACGUAUGCCGUUAUAUUUGAUUUUUACGUUGUGUCACAAAAAAGCUUUUGAAUUCUGGUUUCCAGAUUACAAACAGAAUUAAGGCACAAACACAGGUUUGUUUUAGGGUUUUUUGUUUUCCCUCGGUCAUUGGCAUUGAUAAUUUUUUUUAUUUUUCUCAUUUUGCAAUGAAACCUGCAACAUAGUAAUGAAAUAAAUCAAAUUAUAUUGCAACACUGCAAAUUAUAAGAUAUGCAUAAGACAUAUUACUAAAGCAAGUAACCUAAUUCAUAGAAGAGGUAACCAAUGUUUUCUUUUCUCCAAAACAAACCCGUGUUCUGAAAGUUUCCGUGAUUUAAUAACAUGCAUCUGUGCUCAAUGAACUGUGUGUUUUUUCAAUCAGAUGUAACCCGUUAGUGAACUCUUGCAUGGUUCAUCAUUUUUAAAGCGUGUGCUUAAUAAUUAUGCAUGUUAUUGUCCUAAUUCUGCCAUUCCUACAAGUAAUGUGCCCAUUUAAAAAGAAAAAUACACAAAAAAUUACAGCUAAUAAUCAGUACUAGUCCUAUGAAAAUGUUUAAUAUGUUUAGUCAUUGACUGAUCUCGCUCUAACCUUACAAUUUUGUGAUUAUUGACCUCUGUUGCAUUUAUCCUAAAACAAAAAAAAAAAUUAUCUAGCCGUUUAAAUAUCAACGUUACCCUGGUGUAUUCAUUGCUCGUAAAGCAUUUAUUGUUCUCUGUUGCUGUUUUUUAUUCUUUCAUAUUCGCAAAUAUGAAAUUCUGUGGAAAAAAAAAUCAUUAAAAAAAAAAAAAAAGUGCUUUGUUCUUUAAAUCCUUCCUCCCCCGUUCUGUAGCAGGAGAAGGAUCGCUCGUUCCUGAUCCUCCCUCAUUCAGGAAUCUUUAGUCUAAGCAGAAAGUAACGUACACCUGUAUCAAUUUUGGUGUUUCUCUUAGUGUUUCCAGACUUUUUAAUGUACUUUUUAAAAUUCUGAAUCAUUUAUUUCUCUUUGUUUCCAUCUAAUUCUCCUGAUGCUCUUCAUUACACAUUAGUGAUCAGAAAUGAACUGUAACCCCCCCAGUCCUGCCCGCUAAAGAUGAGUAGGCAUAUUAAUGUAAGUUGAAGGGAGUUUUGCCCCGGCUCAUGGAUUGUGUAAGAAUGAACUGCUGUUGGGUCUGGCUGGCUGUUGAUGGAUUGUGGAGUGUUCUGUUUGAAGGCUAUUGAUUGCAACUUACAAUGCUUAAUAAAAAUCUUUAUUCUUUUAGUAUAAAA